UCGCGCACGCAUUUGGUUACCAAUAUCGCCCUCCGGGCGCGACCUUAAUACACCGUAGGGUACAAAGCAACAAAUCUAGCGUUAUUUAAAAAACAAAAAGUCGCUUUUUCCAGGCUUUUUUUUCUUUCUCUGUUUGGGUUUUUUUGCUUCGGUUUCUCGCUUGCUCACUUCGAACGAAAUCAUGAACGUGAUCGCGUGGUUGUUCAAUUCUUGGCCGCACAGCUGGAUCGGGUGGAUGUUUAUUCUGCUGGCAAUCAUUUUCACGGUCUCGGUGUACCUAGAGGAUUACCUGCUUGCGUCCCAGCAGGCCGAAGCGCAAGCUUUGAAUGCGGAACAACAGGGUUCCUCUGAGGCCAGCCUGCUAGACUCGUCGAAGCUGUGGCGGAAGUUGAGGAAACGCCGCCUGAAGAAGCUGCGCGAGUCCCCGCAGGCGGCUGGGGAGACGGACAAGGCCGAUCAAUUGAUACACGAGUACCGGCUGUCGCCGGAAGAACUCGCGAGCAAGGAUGCGGCGGUGUUCGGCACGGGAGGGGGUUCUCAGGUGGACCGCAACCAAGCGCGGCUCGACCGGAUUCUCUGUCUUCACGCAAAAGAGAUCAAUCUGUUGGACAUGCCGUUUCCGCAGGAAGAGGUACUAGUAGUCUUCAGCAUAUUUUUUCGUACGAUGCUUUGCUUGGUAGAUUGUCCUUGAUGUACUUCAACUUCUAUGCUUGAUGAAAGAAUGAAAUCGAAAACGGAAAAUCCACUCAGAAGUUUUUGUGUAGCUUUUAUUUUCAGUUAGCAGAAGCUAGCAUUUCGGCAGCGGCAGCGCACUGAAUUGUAGACUGAAUGUUGGAAUGAAAUGAAUUCAGGUCGACGGCAUGGCGUCGGAGCUGGAGCAGGUGAUUCGUGCGUUGACCGACAAGCAAAGAGCCGAACUUGUCGGGCUUUACUGGAACAACGAGUAUGGAAUCAGAGCGUGCCGGGAUUUGCUGUUGCGCCUACCGUUGUCUUCGCUUCAAGUGAAUUCCUCCAAAUCGACUGCUACAUCGAAGACCGCAGCGUUGAUAGAUUUUGAGAAAAUCUAUCCCGAAAAUCACUCAACCUCCGCGUCGGACGCCGACGGAACCGCGUCCAGCGCAACCGAGACCGACGACGUAGCAGCGGUCGCCGCCGUGGCAUCGACCAAGCAAGACAAAAAGAAUAACAAUACCUCGAAGAAGAAGGGGAAAGACUCCAAGCAGGGUGGGAACAAUAGCGGGAAAAAUAACAAAGCGGGUAGUUCUGCCUCUAGUAGUGCUACUUCUUCCGGCACCGAGGACGGUGAGCUUGCAGGAUUAGCGUCGAGUGGGGGAAUAGCCGACGGGAAGAUAAACGCGAAAACUGCAACCCCUACUGGAAGUACUACGACAUCAGCAGGAGCUCCUUCUAAAGAGCGCGUACAAUCCGACGGAAGCUGGACCUCGGUGUUUCUUGCGGUGUCGGCAGCUUUACACGAGGUGCUGCGGCCAGUGCUGGACUUCGUGAAUCCGGACGAUCCAUUGUCCACGGAGCAGGAUAGUACUUCUGGCGAUCAUGGCGAGAACGAUCUGCGCCACGAUUCGUUGCUGCGAAGCUUGAAGAAGUCGGUACACCGGGCCACAAAUGAGCUGCGCGAGACGCUGAUUCGCAUAUUGGCCGAGCCGUCGGAGGAGGAAGGCACUCUGAGUGUAAUGUGGGGAAAAUUUAUCUUUCGCCCGGUCGUCCUGCCACUGCUCCGCGUCACGGGCUUGGACUGCGUGUUCUGCGGGGAAACUUCGCUCUUUUUCCGCCGUUCGAACAGCAAAGUAAAGCCCGACGGUGGCUUCUCUGUCGAUGGAAAUCAGCAGAACCAGCUGUCCCCAGCCACCGGCACCUCUGCAUCGGGGACGUCAGCAGCAUUUGCGCAAGGCGCGGGAACCAGCACCACUGGGCAGGAGGGCGGGGCAGGCAACGAACAAGAAAAUACCCCAGACAGUCUGGAUAAUCCAGCCAACCACCGCCUCCUGAAGAGCAUCAAAAACAUUGGCGAAUACUUUGUCCCCCUGCCGCAAAACGAGUGCAUGGCGCACGUGAAACUGCUGGCGCGAAAGGUGCUGCGAUCGAAUCACUUUUCCGCGCACGAAUGCGACGCCAUUCUGUACCGGAGUCAGUUCCAGCAUUUGAAAGGGGUGCCCAUCAAGGGCCGGCUGUUCUCCCCGACCCGCGUGCAGCACCUACGGGCGUUAUAG